UCCGCUCCGUACAGCCCUAUACUGUCAUUGGUACAGCUCUGAGCAGCGCCAGCCGGACUGGACAGAAGAGAUCGCCGCCAGUUCUCUGUGAAGAGCGAAUCACCUCGGCGCGUUCGUCACAAAUAAAACCACACAGCCAGAAGGCAGCCUAUUCUCCGUCGAUUCAUGGAAUUAUUGUCAGGUGGCGUAGGUUGCAUUUAUUACCAAUUCAGUUCGAUAGUUGUGGCUUCUACCCAUCCUGCCUGAAGGUCACAAGCGGAGCUGCUCAGCACCGACCGCCGCGCCCCUUCAGGACUUCGUCACCCAGGGACUGCAACGAAAGGACGAUGGGGGACAACGAGCUGCAAUAGAGGAGUGAGCGCAGUCUGAGGGCAACAGGAUCUGAAAAGGAAGAUUUGGCUGAUAUAGAGGAGGGAGAAGGUAACCCCAGGACUUAAGAGGGAAAGAGGAGGGGAGGGAGGGGGGUUAGGUGCAGGGCUGGACUGGAGGACAGAAGGACUGGAUGCUAGCCUCAAUAGGCCCCAGCAGGUCCCAGCUCCCACAGAGAUGGCCUCCAACUUCAACGACAUCGUCAAGCAGGGAUACGUCCGCAUGCGUAGCAGGAAACUGGGGAUUUACCGUCGCUGCUGGCUGGUGUUUAAGAAGUCGUCCAGUAAAGGACCACGCAGACUGGAGAAGUACACUGAUGAGAAGUCCGCUUACAUCAGAGUCUGUCCUAAGGUGACAGAGAUCAGCAAUGUGAAGAAUGUCACAAGGCUCCCAAGGGACACCAAGCGCCAGGCGGUAGCCAUCGUCUUUACCGAUGACACCUCACGCACGUUCACCUGUGAAUCAGAGCUAGAAGCAGAGGAGUGGUUCAAAACUCUGUCAAUCGAAUGCCUGGGGACCCGCCUCAAUGACAUCAGUCUAGGAGAGCCGGACUUGCUGGCAGCAGGUGUUCAGUGUGAACAUACAGAGCGUUUCAAUGUGUUCCUACUGCCCUGUCCUAACCUGGACAUCUAUGGGGAGUGUAUGAUGCAGAUCACCCAUGAGAAUAUCUACCUGUGGGACAUCCACAACCCUCGCACCAAACUGGUCACCUGGCCUCUCUGCUCCCUGCGCCGCUACGGACGAGAUGCCACGCGCUUCACCUUCGAGGCUGGACGGAUGUGUGACAGUGGAGAGGGCCUGUACACAUUCCAGACGCGGGAGGGAGAACAGAUCUACCAGAGAGUCCACUCCUCCACCCUGGCCAUCGCUGAGCAGCACAAGAGAGUUCUGAUGGAGAUGGAGAAGAACAGCAGAUUGUCUAAAGGUUCUGAGGCGGGCUCCUACCCCUGUACCCCCACAGCCAUCCUGCCCCGCAGUGCCUUCUGGCACCAUAUCACUGGCACCCAGGGGGGCAUGGACCCAGCCCAUGGUGACAUGUUUGGUGGUUCUCAGACUGGCGCUGAUGCAGACCUGCUCUCCACCCGGCUGCCCUCAGAGCCACGCCACGCUACCAUGCCCCUGGCACACAGCCGACACUCCCCCGCCCGCUACCCCACCUACCCCAGCCAGUGAUCCCAGGGGUGCAUUGCAGACCCCUAGCCUCCUCCACUCUAUACACCGCACUCCUCCUAUUCUCCUUUCUCUGCAGUGCUUACCUCAACUCCACGCCCCCUCAUCUACCCUCCAGCCAAUCAGGUUGGGUUGUGGGAAGUGGGCUCUAAGAUGGGGUCAUAAGACCUCCCCUAAAGCUGGGAGCUCUGUGAAGCAGGACGUGACAGCGCCUCUGGUCUUCUCUUCUGCUUCCAAAGGCUGGUUACCUGAAAGAACUUCAACUCCCAGAAUCCCUCACGGUGGGGGCAAAGUGCAUUGUGCGAGCCAGCAGUGGCUUGUUGCCUCUUAGUGAGCUGACAUUGUGGCAUGGUGCAUCUCUCUUUGCUCUGCUGUGGGUGUGGAGGAGGAACAGGAGGAGGAUGGGUGUGAGCUGUAAGGAUGUGAUUUAGUCUCCUCUCUAACCCCUGUGAAAUCUUAUUUUCUGAUGGGAUUCAGUCAGCUCUCCAUCACCUCAACCCCCUUCGCGACAGACCUCUUCAUGUACCUCAUGCCAGCUCUUAGCAAAGUUCAAUGUUAGGGGCUCAGGACGUCCCCAUACAGCUCUUAUUGGGGGCAGAACAGUAGGACCCCUUCCUACCAUCCCUGCUCUCCAGCAUGAUAAGGAUUGUGGCACUCGCUCCAACCCAUAACUUCAAUCUGACAGACGCGUAUGUAAGACAACAGUUUCUUCCCAAGAACUGGCCUUGGCUUCCUUCUUCAACUGUGUGUGGGUGGAAGAGGGACUGUCCCUGGACUACCAUCCAAACAAACACCUGGUCUAAUUCCACAGAGAAACAAAGGACCACUUGUCUUUCAUCUUUCUUUCUUAAAAAAAAAAAAACUUGUAGCAGACUUAACAACCUG